CGUCACUAUCUGGGCACCUCUAUAACAAAGCCGUGUUCUCUGUUUCCUUUUGAAGGCGUAAAGCGGGUUUAAAGGCAGCAGAUUGUCGGCUCUUUUUGUCCACACACACUCACACACUCACAGAGGACCUUGUGCUGCUCUUUCUUCACCUCUACUUCAUGAAAUGGAACAGACCUGAUUGGUUAGACCUCUCCUCAUACACCAGACCCAUGAGGUAACCCAGUCAGUGGUUGAUGAUGCCCAUGGCAGGGCUGUGAUGGGGCAGAGGGUCUCAGGCGUGGUGAAAUCUGCUGAGGAGUGUGAAGGGGCCGCACUGGCAUUGCAGGUGGCCCUUGUACCCCUUGGCAGGCAUGGACAAGGAUACGGGUUAGGCCACCCUUUCUCACCGCGCCUGGAACUGCUGCUGGACAUGCCUCCAGCAGAUGCUGACACUCAACUAGAGCAUUCUUGGAACCCCGAUGACCGUUCACUCAACCUGUUUAUAAAAGAAGAUGACCGGCUGACGUUCCAUCGCCAUCCAGUAGCACAGAGUACUGACUGUGUGCGGGGCAGAGUUGGCUUCACUCGUGGCCUGCACGCCUGGACUAUCCGGUGGCCUGUGCGGCAACGUGGCACACAUGCCAUGGUCGGGGUCGCGACUUCUCGGGCACCACUGCAUGCUAUUGGAUACACGGCACUUGUUGGUGGCGAUGCAGAAUCUUGGGGAUGGGAUUUGGGGCGAGGGAAAAUUUACCAUGACAGGAAAAGCUAUUCGGGGCCAGUGCCUUCCUACCCAUGUAGCCUUAAUGGGGAGGAUGAGGACACGUUUUCAGUACCUGAGGAGGUUCUAGUGGUCUUGGACAUGGAUGAGGGAACUCUUGGGUUUUGUGCCGAUGGUCAUUUCCUCGGCGUAGCCUUUCGGGGCCUUAAGGGGAAAAGGCUGUACCCAAUUGUCAGCGCAGUAUGGGGACACUGUGAGGUCACAAUGACGUACAUCAACGGACUUGAGCCUGAACCUCUGCCGCUGAUGGAACUAUGCAGGAGAGCAGCUCGCCAAGCUCUUGGCCGACAUCGGAUCCACCACAUCCACACGCUCCCCCUUCCUCAGACUCUAAAAAACUACCUGCAGUAUCAGUGAGCAUCUCGCACAUGACCCUGAACUACAGCACCAGUGACCUCAGCGCACAACUAAAUGUCCCGACUCCUUUUGUUGUUUUUGUUUUUUUUUGUCCCUUUUUUUUUUUUUUUUAAAUGCAAGACUCCAGUUAGCAACUAAGAUCAGUAUAUUGUAUUUGCACCCAGUUAAAAUUCCAGUCCGAAUGUUAGCGAGCUUUGCUAGCUACAGAAGGUCAAAGAGCUGCUGCUAGAGAAGAAAACAGCGGCGUGUUUUAAAAGCUAGCUUCGCUUAUUUAGUAUCAUUUAAAACUAUUUGCAACACAGAACAUCAAACCAAAAAAAAAAAAAGUUCAAGAAAAGCUAGCAGUGAUGUCAUACUGUAUGAUUGGAAGAUUGUGAUUGGAAAAUCAAGCUUAUCUUUAGACUUGGCUUUUUAUAGAAAGAUCAGUUGUAGUUGGAUUGUAUACAUUUACCCCCCCCACCGCCACCGUCCCCCUUCUCCAAACCUCACUCCUCCAAAAAAAGCACAGCGAAUUGUAGCAUCUGAUUUCGACACUGGUGCUAUGGACACUUCAUUUUACAAUAUGGGGGGGUGUGCAGAUUGGAAUGAUGGUCUUCCUCAAAUAAUUAUUUGCUUAUUUUUUUACAUCACACUAAAUAUAUUUCAUUACAUCAUGGUCUUCCAUAUCACACCUAAAUGCUAGGCUUUUUAUUAUUAUUAUUAUCCGAGUGGCUGUAUUGAUUGAUUGAUAUUUGUGGAUGUUUAUAAUUUGAGUGUGUCCUUUUGAAAUGGUGCAGCUUGUUGUGUGAGUAUUGUGAUGAUUUUAUAGAGUUUUAACACCAGAGACAUGCCUGCGUUCAGUGCUUUGGACAGGGAAUGAUACCGUUCCAACUGGAAAUCUAGAAACUGCUGUUUAUACAGAUGGAUAUGGAAAAACAGGAGAUUCCACACUAGCUAGGUGUUAUGAAGUGUUAGUGUUUGCCAUAUUGGAAGGGGACAGAUUGUUUUGUCAGACAAUGCAGAGUUUUCCCUGAUCAAGUCAACAGCCUGCACUGGUUUUUACAGGAAUUUCAGAACAUCUAUGCACUGCAGAUAUUUUUUUUAAAACGUCAAGAAGAUUUACCCAAGAUAAUGCUUUUGGUCCUUAUUUAAUAAAGACACCAUUUUAUUAACAUUUAAUAGCCUUAUAAUUAUUUAAAGAUCCUAAGAUAGCUAUUUUUUAGUUUACAUAACUUUUACAUGUUUGGAAUAGUUUUAGCUACCACUAUAUCAUUAUUAUAUACUGACAUUUACAUCCAGCUAUUGAGAACCUUUAGUGCUCAAUAUAUUUUGUGCUGGGAUUAAUUUUUAAAUUUUUAUUUUCUUUCUUUUGUGUUUUUUUUUUUUUUUAAACUAUACAAAUUGCAGUGCAUUUCCUCUCGCUCAACUCCAAACCAAAUGAAAUGAAUCAAACAGUGUCUUGACUUGUUUUUUUGCAUUAAUAAAACCAGAUGUCUCUCUCUACUAAUGGGGAAAAAGAACUAAAGCAAACUUGCACAACCUGGAAGUUUUCCCCUCUUCUAUGGAGACACUGUUGGUGUGUCGGGCUUGGCCUCCGGUGGCUACCAUUUUCAUAUCUGAUUUUAAAUGUAAAUAAAAUUCACCCAAACCAAAA